GUGAAUUAAUUCCUCAGUGUGUUCCAUUUCAAAGACGGCCAGGUCAAGUUAUAACGUAAUGAAGUCUUCUAUAAAUUUUUCAUUAUUUGCGGUCGUUAUUAGUAUUGUUUUAAUAACAGUACUAUCCAGUGAUGAUUCACUUGAAAAUUUGAACAAAGAUAGACCUAUCGUAGAAGUUCACGAGGGUAAAUUGCGUGGUGUUCAGGAGAAAAAUUACAAUGGAACCGAUUAUUUCUAUGCAUUUCGUGGCAUUCCAUAUGCUAAACCACCAGUUGGAGAUUUAAGAUUCAAGGAACCAGAGCCAGUUGAACCGUGGUCUGAUAUAAGAGAUGCCCAAUUCUUCGGCAAUAUGUGUGCUCAAUUUCACUGGGGAUUGAAACAUUUGGAGGGUAGUGAUGACUGCCUUCAUCUGAAUGUGUACACCACAGAUCUCACUCCUGAAGAGCCACGUGCAACGAUGGUUUCAUUACAUGGUGGAGCUUUUUUCUGGGGUACUGGUAACGAUCUUUUAUAUGGACCCGAUUUUCUUAUUAAGAAGAAUAUUGUGCUAGUAACAGUGAACUACCGUCUUGGUAUUUUUGGUUUUCUUAAUUUGGAUGAUGAAGAAGUACCGGGUAACCAAGGUCUAAAAGAUCAGAUUCUGGCUUUAAAAUGGAUCAAAAAUAAUAUUGCCAAAUUUGGUGGGGAUCCAACUCGUAUUACGCUUUUUGGACAUAGCGCAGGCGCCGCAUCUGUUCAUUUCUUGAGUUUUGUUCCAGCAGCUCAAGAGUUAUUUCACAGAGUAAUACUACAGAGUGGACUUGCGACUGUUCCAUGGGCAAGUCCAUCACAACCCAUGACAUAUGCAGCAACUAGAGUAGCUAGGAAUUUAGGAUGCAACGAUACUGAUACUAAAGAACUAAUAAAGUUUCUACAAAGUGUAGAUGCAGUUAAAUUGGCUGACAUUGUACACAAAACUUUUAAUCCACAGAAAUAUUAUACUCCUGAGAAACCAUUUGUGCCAUCCAUAGAUUCAAAAUCGAAAAAUCCGAUUUUACUCGCAUCAAUCAGUGAUUUAGCGAAACAGAGUAUAAAAAAACCUACUAUUGUUGGUUACAACACCGAAGAGGCCAUUUUUUUGUUAGCAGAGGCUGAAGAUGAUGAUUAUCAAUAUAUAGAUAUGCUAUUAAUAUUUUCAAAUGGAAAAAAAUUUUUACAAGAUCGUGGUGUGUCUAGUGGUGAUGUGAAAAAAUAUUUUAUGGGUGAUAAAAAAUUCAACCGAACAAACGCCGCGCCAAUAAUACAGUUACUUCAAGCAUACUUUCAGACAACGUAUGUCGAUGAAUUUCUCGAAAUUCAAACUACAGAAGUACCUGAUAUACCAGUAUAUUUAUACAAAUUUGAUUAUUAUUCAAAAGAAACUGCGAUGGUGCAAAAAUUUUUCAAAUCCGAUUUAAAAGAAAAUUUUAAUUGCUUGUGUUUAUCAGGCACAGCUCAUGCUGAGGAAAUACCUUAUCUUUUUUACUGUAAGUUUUUUUUGAACCUUGGUAUUGAACAACCGAUUUCUUUUCCAUCUGGGAGGAUCGUUCAACAAAGAAUGUUGACACUGUGGACAAAUUUUGCCAAAACGGGAAACCCAAACUUGCCAAAAUCAGAAGUAAUUUCUGUUGAUUGGAAGCCGGUGGAUAAUUCAACUGAAUUCAACUGUCUGAAAAUUUCUGAUAAUCUCACUAUGAUACAAGAACCAAACAUCUUGCGUCAAUUAGAAAUAUUCGCUCGACAUGACGAAUGAUUAGAAAUCAAGAUAAAUU